UCCGGUUAGUGACGCAUCAUCAACAACAACAACAACAAAAGAUGGCGACGGCUGAGGGCGAGUGGCCGGGCCCCGGGGGAGAGGCGGCACCGGCUCAGAUCCCGGUUCCCAGGGUAGAGACGGCGGCCCCGAGCCCCGUCCCUAUCCGCGAGGGCGAGGCGACGCCGGAAUCGAGUCAGGGCCCUGGGGGAGAGGCGGUUCCGGGAUCCGAGGACAGCGGCGAUCUGCAGCGGACCGAGGCCCGGCUUGGCCGGUUGCUGGCUCAGUGCGAGCCCGGGCUGCUGCUGUUGCAGAGCCUCUUGGUGUGGGAGCGGCCGGCGCACAGCGUCCUCAUGUUGCUCGGCCUGAGCGGAGUUUUCUGGUUGUUCUCCUCCACUUCACUCCGCCCUGUCUUCCUGAUCAGUUUGUCAUUGCUGGGAAUUGUGCUGCUGGAUCAUUGGAAGAGCAGUCUGUGGGACCACAUCAUGGUGCAACACCCAGUGGAUGAAGAUGGGAGUGAUGGAAACCCCAGCAGACCUCGGCUCCUCAGACUGCCUGACCUUUGCCACUACCUCGCCGAGAGCUGGCUGGCUUUCAAACUCUACCUGAGAGAGGUGCUGGAGUACAAGACACAGAACCCAGGCAAGUUCUGUCUGAAGAUGUGCAUGGGCUCUUCAGCAUUGGCUGUGAUUGGACAUUAUAUCCCUGGAAUCAUGAUAUCCUACAUCUUCAUACUGAGCCUGCUGCUGUGGCCUCUGGUGGUUUAUCACGAGCUCAUCCAGAAGAUGUACACAGGUUUGGAGCCAUUGCUGAUGAAGCUGGAUUACAGCAUGAAAGGCAGCACUGAGCACCGGCAGAGGGACAGGAAGAAGAAACUGGUGAAACCAGAGAGCUGCGACGAGCCAACAGCGGAGACGGAGAGUGAGAGCGAGGCCGAACUUUCCUGCUUUAAUUCUAAGGUAGAUGUCAGGACAACGGCUUUGGCCUUUGCAAUCACAGACUCAGAGUUAUCAGAUGAGGAAGCUUCAAUUCUGGAGAGUGGAGGAUUCACAGUGUCUCGAGGAACAACUCCACAACUUUCAGAUGUGUCUGAAGAUCUGGAGCGGCAGAGUGUGCAUAGUGAACCCGAGGAAGCUUUUGCCAGGGACCUGCCGGAAUUUCCCUCCGUGGAAGAGCUGUCAACUGACGGGAGCCCGUCCCACAUCGUGCCCCGUCUCACCUCCCAGACUGACGACGGCACUCGAGACUCUCGGUUCUUCACCGAGACCCUGACCUCCCCUCUGCACUUUGUAAACUCGCAUUUUAAUGGGAAUGAGGCUGCAAGUAAUCAAGCAAAGACUGACCAAGCUCUCAGCUCAUCCCUACAGAGUUUCAGCGAGGAGCUGGUAGCCUCUGCAAUCACCACCGUGGUUCGGAACACACUAUCCUCCCUUCUUUCCAGCCCUCUGACAGACAACCACACAGAAAGCUUGGGCUUCCUCCCUGCAGAGAUAGAUCAGAACUUCCAGACACCAUCGGAGCUGGGACUGGGUGACGUGGAACCUCCGCAGGAGGGGGAUGAUUUUGAGCUGCUCGAUCAGGGGGAGCUGGAGCAGAUGGACACGGAGCUUGGUCUCACUCAGCAGCUCAGGGAACCGGAUACUUUGCAGGGCACAGCACCUGAGGCGCAGGAGGAGAGCUAGUGUCAGCGCAAGUCCACAGACUGGAUCAGUGAGAGAGACCAACCUUGGUCCUCAGCAUGUGGUACCAGCCCCCAACUGUGCUCUCCUUCCCCUGCUCUGUGGCACUGGUCCAGUGAUCCCUCAGACUGUGGCCCCAGUCCUCCCAGCAUGUGGUACUACUUCCUAACAGUCCCUGCUCCCCCUCCUUGUGGCACUUACCUCUGUGGCUUCAGUCUGUCAGUUUGUGGCAAGUCUCUCACCCUGUCCGUGCUGGAACCCCACUGUCUCUCUAUGCUGGUACAUUAGUCCCCUUCUGCACUGGGAAACCCAGUGCCCCCAUGUUUGGCCCUGGACCUCAGUCACUGCACAUUGGGGACACCCCCCCCCCAAGCCUUUCUGUAAUGUACCAAUGCUGUUGCCCCUGUGUGGCAUCAGUGCACCUCUGGCCCCUCAGCUUCCAACCCCAAUCCCUGUGACCCUGGCAUCUUGGAGUCUGGAUCCCUCUUCAGUGUGUAGGUUUGUUUACCCCAUUGUUCUCCAGGAGCAGAGCAAAUUCAAAAGGUUGUGAAGGACCGGGGUGUUUGCAGUUCAUUGACUACUUUGGCCAUUGUGGCAACUUGAACCAGCCUAAGCCUAGUCCCUGGCCUGUGAUCCUUCUGUGGUUCCACAACCAAAGGCUGGUUAUGGACUCAUUUCUCCAGGAGUUAAAGGAGAAUCUACUGCUCUGAUUCCUGUCGGCUAUGGUUUCUAGCAUACACUUGAUGGGUCUUUAGGGUAAGACUUGUAAAUGUUUUCUAGCAUAAAUGUUGGGGGUUUGCUUGGAUCCCUCCCUAAACCUGGGACCAGGAUAGUGAUCAUUAACACAGGUUUGGGUUGGGACUCACAUUUCAGAGCACUGGUAAUUUAGGAUCUAGUGUGGGAGCUUGAGAAUUGGCAGGAGACAGGGAUUGUGAAUUCAGGACCUAGGAUGGACAUUGAGAAUUCUGUGGUAGGAGACGGGGAUCAGAAAAUAGGGGCUGGAAGCAGGCAUUCAGGGGCCCAGGCAGCAAUCGGGAGUCAGCAAAGGGAUUAGGAAUUCUAAAUUCCAGGAAUGAGGGAACCUGAAAUCUGGAUCCUAGGAAUGUGAAGAGUCCCUUGGUAGAUCCUAACUUACCAUGUGCUGGUAGAUAAGACUUGGCAUAGGCCAAGGGGCCUGUUUCUGUGCUGUAGUGCUGUGGCUAGGAUCUAGUCUCAUCUGUGAUUCUGAUGCGUGAGCCCCUCUUUGGAUCUCCUCUGGCCAGGAUUGAGUUUCAUCACCCCAGUUUAAAGGUUUUAUUUCAAUGUUUUUGUGAAAUUCUGUUUUCAGUGGCACUUUGAACCAUUAUUUUGUGUGCAGUUGUGUUUACAUCGAGGCAAGGGAUAGGUAGGUACACCUUAAGCACUUUGUCUUUCCCUCUCUGUUGGGGCAGGGGAAGGUGAAUUAGAGAUCUGUAUGAUGGUCACUGGUAAGAUUUCUUGUGAGAUAUUGAAAAGAUGAUGCUGGAACUGGCCGGAACAGUGAGACACCCAUUUUAACAAAUAAAGUUCAGGCCCUGGAACACAGUUUACAUUAGAACCCAGUCAUUAAGUUAAAUGUAUUUAUUUAUCUAAUCAACUAGGCAAUACAGGUAAACUGGUUAGAACCCAGCUUCUACCUGCUUAAUACUGAACAUAAUCUGCUCUGUCAAUAUACAAGAAGCAUUUUUCUACUUAAACGUAGUAAAAAAUGUGUUUGUAAACAA